UCCUCACUCUUCACUCUCCAAACCAGCCUGUCUAGCCAUGUACACCUGGGGACUCGUGAUCGGACUCGUGGCAGCGCUGGCUGUGGUCUCUGUCGCCGGCGCCCCGCUCCCGGUCAUCGGCAUGGAGCUGUCCGAGGUCAAGGUGCUCGUCUCACAGGUCCUGGGGCUGGCCAUUGUGGCCGGCUCGGUCAUUCUUAAGCUUCCGCAGGUUAUCAACAUUGUCCGCGCUGGUUCGGUGGCAGGCAUCUCGGGCCUCUCGUUCUACCUCGACGUGGCAGUCUUCGCUAUUACCACCACCUACAACGUGCUCGAGGGCAACCCGUUUUCUACCUAUGGAGAGGCCGCCAUCAUCCUCGCCCAGAACCUUGUCCUCGUCGUCAUGUACUGGCACUACGCCGCACCGCCGGUCGCGUGGUCUGAGCGUAUCGCCGUCUCGGUCUUUGGCGCUGCGCUCGUCUAUGGUAUGAUCGUCCUCCCGGCUGACCUCCGCUGGAUCCUCCCGCUCUCCACCAUCCCCUCGGCCUGCGCCGCCCGCAUCCCUCAGAUCAUCGCCAACUUUGCCAACGGCCAUACCGGCCCGCUCUCGCUCAUCACCUUUUUCCUCAACUUUGGCGGCUCGCUCGCCCGCGUCUUUACCACUCUCACCCAGGUCAACGACGUCUGGCUCGUUCUCGGCUUUAUCAUCGGCACCGUUCUCAACGGCGUCAUCGUCGUCCAGAUCAUCGCCUACUGGUCCCGCACCAAGGCUGUCCUCGCCGCCGACGCUGCCGCCAAGACCAAGUAGAAGUGAAUCGAAAAGCCGUCCCCCA